UUCCGAAAGAACCCACCAAUGAUUGACGAGGUGGGCAGGGCCUAAAGAAUUACAGUGGCAGAUUCAAACUGAGUAUGGCUGCGGGUAAAGAUGUCGAUGAAAACACACAAAAUAGGAGAGGUACAGUGUGCAGUAUGGUGAUCAAUCAUGAAGAAUCGCUGGGGGGCUCCCAUACUGGCCGACCACCAGUUAUUUUCAACCCGGACUUUUUUGUGGAGAAACUUCGCCAUGAAAGCCCAGAUGCUUUCCUGGAGCUGGUGCUGAGCAACAUUACUCGCCUUAUUGAUCUUCCUGGGGCAGAGUUUGCUCAGCUCCUUGGCGAGGAGGGCCCUAAGACCCCAACAGGUGGAAACGGAGGCUUCUUCCGGUCUUUCAACUUCCUUAAACGCAAAGAUAAAGGUGUUGUGUUUGGAACCCCGUUGACAGAGAGCUGCAUCGCCCAGAUCUAUCAGCUCAUUGAAUACCUCAGCAAAAAUCUGCAUGUGGAGGGUCUGUUUCGGGUGCCGGGGAACAGUGUGCGGCAGCAGGCCCUGAAGGAGCUCCUCAACAGCGGGGCUGAUGUCGACCUGAGGUCUGGAGACUUUCACCCUAAUGAUGUGGCCACAUUGCUCAAGACUUUCCUGGGAGAGCUGCCCGAGCCUCUGCUCACACACAGACAUUUCCAUGCACACCUUAAGAUAGCUGACAUGACCCUGUUUGACGAGCAAGGCAACAAGACUGCAAUACCCAACAAGGAGCGUCAGAUCGAGGCCCUGCAGCUUCUCUUCCUGCUGUUACCCCAGGCCAACCGCUCACUGCUCAAACUGUUGCUGGACCUGCUCUACCACACUGCCAAGCAGCAGGACAAGAACAAGAUGUCAGCCUUCAACCUGGCCCUGAUGUUUGCCCCGCAUGUCCUCUGGCCCAGACAUAUGACAGCUGCUGACCUGAAAGACAAUCUGAAGAAACUGAACAACAGCAUGGCCUUCCUCAUCAAGUAUUCACAGAAACUCUUCAGGGCUCCAGUCUACUUGCGGGAAUAUGCCAGAGUGCACUUCACUGGGACCAAGGCUUUGCAGACUAAGGAUGAUCUGGACCUGCUGGCAGUGAGCAGCUCUCCUGCUCAGCGGACAGCGUUGCCCCUGAAGAGGACAGCUGUUACGGGCCCCAGCUCUCAGGAGCAGUGCCAGUCGCCGGCUCAACAGUACACAGAGGAGGCCCUGAAGGAGCUCUUCAGACACGUCCACCACAACAUGCCCGACUCCGCCAAGAAGAAGAAACUUGUCAGACAGGUUCUCUACCAGUUAGUCAAACAGACAACCACAGGGACGCCUACUAAUGAGCAUCGUGACACUGCAGCUCCCAGCAAGAAACAUCCCCGCUCACGCUCUUUUGGUGGCCUCAUCAAGCGCAGAGCUCGUGGUGAGCAGCUGACUGCAGAAAGGCGCCUGAGACACAUUUCCCCCGACACUGUCACCAGGGCAGGAAGGAAACCUGGCAAAGAGAACGUCAUCCAGCGAGGGGAGGACAGCCUGUUCAACGGCCCUGUGUUUGGGAAGGCAGGGCUGAUAGUAAACCACCCAGACUUUACUUUUGAUAAAGACAAAGCUCUGAAGGUUUCCAAGGACUGUCCCCCUGUGUCCAGGACGGGCGUCUCUCCUGCUCAGGAGGUCUCUGUGUAGAAACUGGACACCUCCUCACCUCAGCCUGGACGUUGGCAGUAUUAAUAUUGUUACUCAUGUUUAUCGCUGUGUUUUCAUUGUAGUGAGUUUCCUUUAACUGUGACUAAUAUACAGCAGCUGCAGCCAAACCAAAGCCAGAACCUCUGUGUCCCGUCACCGCUGGACACAUCAGGGUGUGACUGAGUGUUUACUAACCGGUACCGUCGAUGCUGCUUUCAUAGAGAUUUUAAAUAAUUUAUGGCUGGUUAAUAGAGAUAAGAGCAGUAGAAUGCAAAUCAAACUUGCUGUCACACAUACAAUAUAUUUGAUAAAUGGUAAUGCUUCCAAAAAUCUCAGUGCUGCAAAAAUUCCCAAUUUUAUUUUCAGCUCAGUUUGUUAGUGGUGGUUCUAAUUGAUUUGGCGGCAAUAUUGAAUUAUUGGUUCUGAAGGAAUGUACAGCAGCUGCAGCGUCCACUGUAGAGUUGUAUUUAGCAGAAAUCUGCUCAAAGAUGAUGUUUUAAAACAUUCUCACAUCAGCAUUACUAUUCAACACAUUUCAUGGUGCUCUUCCUCGAUUAAACGCUGAUCUAAACUCGGGUCGUCGCCCGGCUCUGCCUAAAGGUAGAGUUUGAGGAUCUUUGCUUUGGUUUGGCUUCGCUGGCUCGGGCCUGCUGGUGUCAGUUAUCACUUGAUACCCGUGUUGUUACUGCAGCUACUGCAUCAGAAUCUAUGACCACUAUCUAGCUCAGCUUAGAAUAUCUAUACAUGUUGUACAGUGUGUGUUGAAGUUUUUAGACUGUUUGUUUUUAAAGGGAACUGUGAUGUGUCCUUUUGGUUACUGGACAGUUAUUGGGUGAACAGUAGGACUGGAGUAAUAAGCAUCUUCACUCUUCUCCCAGGGUUUUUCCACUAUGAAAUCCAUGUUUGUGAAUCUGUCAAAUAUGAAAUGUUACAUUCACGAAAUAGCAUAUGGGAUUUAAAAAUAAUUUUUAAAACGUCUUUAAAUUUUAUUUAAAUUUUUUAUCUGUCCUUGAACCAGGUCAUGGAGGGGGUCAUCAUUUUUAUUUUGGCAAAGGUGGUUGGGAGGUUUGUUAUGCUGAUGGUUUACAUGAAUGUUGAAGGAAUGUUUAUUUUGUCAGUAUUUCUUCUGAUGGAAAUGAGCAGCCAGGUGUGUGUUUGCUGGUUUACUGUGAAGGGCAGGUGUGUUAAGAAGAGGCCAUACUCUGUUGAGUGUGAGGACGAUAAGCAAGAAGCUCAACGCUGUCACUUUUGUCUGUUUGAGCACAACUCUGAUGAAACGGGCCUGUUGCAGUUGAGUUUAGUGUUUCAUUCUAAACUAUUUAAACUGAUAAAUUAAAAAUGUUCUUGGGCUCGUAUGUGAUUAAAGGGAUUUUAAGUCAUUUACAGGAGGAAUGUACCAACUUGACAGGUGUCUGACAAGCCAACAUAAAGGUCUAGUAAAGAUACCGUUUUUGUUUGACCCUGUGCUGAGUAUUAAUGUUUCUUCACCAAAUAAUCUUAAUAUCUCAAAUGUUUGAUCAAUCUGGGAACUGUGAACACAAACAGUUGCAGUCGGUUGCUUUAAAUUCAAUAUAAAAUUACCAAAAUUGUGAUUGAACUGUGUAACUAAUGGCACCUUUUAGUACUUAAAAAAAAAAAGAAAUAUAUAUAUACACACAAUUGCUGGUGUGCAGGUUUAGUCAUUGCUGAAGAAGCUCAUAUUCCUAAUCUGAAAGCUGUUUCACAGCACAGAUGCAUUGUGGGUUUGAAUUAGCAGAAAGUGAAAAUUUUACUUGGUGCCUCUGUGUAAUUUCAUUUUUCUUCACACUCCUCAAUUCCUUCAAGUUCAUGGCUUGACUGAAGGCGCCUGCUCAGUUUGUUGUAAAGCGAUGCACCAGUUCCAGUUCAGUGCUGGGAGCUAAUCUGAUUUCCCCCCAGUGCAGUGCUUGAUGGAGAACUUGCAUGUUUCUUGCAGUCCUUCACAGGGAGGUUGACUGCAGAGCAUCUGGGUUUUGCUUUUGGUGAUGAUGGGGUUGUUUUUUUUGUGUGUGUCUUGUUUCACCCCUUGGUGUCAGGAAGCUGUUAUUGGUGCAUCUUGUUUUGUAUGUUGUGAAUGUUGUAACUGGGUUUGUUGAAGGUGAUUAGGCUGUUGGACAUGACUGACAUGUCGGGUACAGAUGGACACAGAAAGACCUUUUGUCAUAACAAUGGACUUUUUUUUUUUUUUUUAAAUGAAUUGAUCUCAGCUGAGAAACCAUCUGAAACAGGUGGGAUCUCCACAUUGACUUUUCUCUCUCCCUCGUUCUCUUCAGUUCUCAGCACUACAGUUUUAAUGGAGAGCUAAAUUGGACUAUUUAUUAUAGUUGGGUAACGAAUGCAUUUUGAACUCUCUGGAA